AUGACCACUUUCAAGACCCCCAGUUCCGUGCUUCAAGCAAGCGCAAAGAAACACCCCGGUUUGGCAGUGUUCAAACUUCCACAGCAAUCAGCUACAGGUACAACCUACAAAGAAAUCAGCUUCCUCCAGUUUCAGAAGGAUGUUGAAGCAUCGGCCCGGUACUGGAAAGAUCACCUUCAAAGUGUCGGAGUCCAAGAAAGGGCUGUUGUUUGUGUCUGGCUGAAAGGUCACGCCUAUAGAGAUGCUGUUCACAUCUGGGGUCUCAACUGGGCUGGCUAUAUAUCCCAACUAGUCUCUCUCAACAUGACUAAUCCCUCUGUCAUCUUCGAGCUCAUUGUGCGAGCUGAGGCUAAAGCCCUGAUCCAUGAACCAGACCAUGCUGACGUCCUUGAAAACUGCCCUGUCCCGAAUCUUCAGGCUGGUGACGUGAUAUCAGAGGAAGAUAUACAACAGCUGCCUUCACUUCUCCCGUGGCAACCUGCAGAUGGCGAUGAUGUUUUGUUCAUCUAUCAUACCUCUGGCUCCACGUCCGGGGUUCCAAAGUUAGUUCCAAUUACAGCAACAUGGAUUAACUACGUGAUUGGGCUAUCUGGACUCUACGAAGCAAGAGCCAACAUGGCGAGGGAUCGGAUGGUUAGUCUACAUAUUGGAAACUUCUGUCACAUGGCUGCAUCAUUCCUCACUUGGUUCACUGUACGAGAGGGCUCAUGUACUAUACUUCCAACCGUCAUGCCUUACCCCAUUUCCGAGGUACAACAGCUGUUAGACGAACAGGGCCUAUCGACGGUGUGUAUGUUCCCACCUUACCUAUCAGCCUUAUUUCGACAAGCACGCAAGGAUCCAUCACUCCUCGCAUCUCUGAAGAAGGCAGAUCUUCUGGGCUCUGGAGGACUGGACCCCGAUCCGGUGGAUGAGGCUUGGGGUCGGAGUCAGGGUUUCCAUAUGCUCAAUGUGAUGGGGUCUACUGAGGCUGGAGUCGUCAUGAUGAAUGAUUCGAGGGAGAGUUCGGGAUAUCUCGAAAUGAUGCCUGGCGCUAAGAACGAAUUUAUCCCGGUCGAUAAGUUGGAGUCUGGGGAGGAACUGCUGGAGUUGGUGUUGCCCGCUGAUGCGCCAAACUGUCCGGUUCCGAACCUCCGAUCCGCCGAUGGUAAGUUCCAUACAGGAGACUUGUUCAUAGAAGUCGCACCUGGGAAGUACCUUUGCAAAGGACGCAAUGACAACUGGAUCAAGAUGACCUCCGGUGGUCGUACUGAUACUGUUUCCAUUGAAGUCAACAUCAUGGAGACUUGUGGGGAUGACCUCGUCAACGCCGUGGUCGUCGUUGGCGUCAAGCGGCCCUGUCCAACAAUUAUCAUCGAACCAAAAGAUAAAUCACUACUAGAUCAUGAGGGAGCUGAUCUCGAGGCCUCAGUGCAGAGGCUGAAGGAAGAUAUUCUAGGAAGAAUCACACCCUUUCACCAGCGAAGAUAUACACAUGAGCGUGUCGAGGAUACGCGGUACAUCAUCGUCGUUCCGCAGGGUACACUACCCAGAACUGUCAGCAAGGGCAACAUUCGAAGGCAAGAGGUUGAGAAGGUGUUCAAGUCGGGUUUAGAUGCGAUAUAUGCGGAAAAGUUCUGA